UGCUGGCGGCGGGGCCGGGCCGGGCUCUCCUCCUCCUUCUCCUCCUUCUCCCCUCGCCGUCCCCCAGAGGCCAGGUGGAAGCGGAGGGAGCGGGAGCCGGGCCGGGAGGAGCGGGACGGCGCUGCCACCGGAGACCGCAAAUUGCCAAAACAGAUCCCACCCACAAUGGAGGCUUUAUGGUGUCCAGACUGGCAGAUUAGCACUGUAUAGUGUGGAAACCUGGGGAAACCAGGCUAUCUCUGCCCAACUGCAGACAUUUGAGUUGCGGAGGGAGUGAAAUCAGGAUAAACCAAAUAAAAACAAGAGUCUUGCAAGAGUAACCACGAGAGUGGGGUCUAGUUCAGAGAACUUACCUAGACCUUUCCAAAAUGAUUUCCUCAAGUGAAUAUGGGUCUCACUCCUGGGAGCUCUUGGUGAUAGUUGAUCAUCAGCAUGAAGAGGUACAAAAGGAUUUUCUUCUACGGGUCACAGGGGACCUUCAUAUUGGAGGACUGAUGCUGAAAUUAGUAGAAAAAAUCAAGCUAGCACAGGAUUGGUCAGACUAUGCCCUUUGGUGGGAGCAAAAAAAAUGUUGGCUUCUGAAAACCCACUGGACACUGGAUAAAUGCGGGGUGCAGGCAGAUGCUAAGCUGUUCUUUACGACUCAGCACAAAAUGCUGCGGCUUCGCCUGCCAAACAUGAAGACUGUGAGACUGAAAGUCAGCUUCUCCUCUAUGGUAUUCAAAGCUGUCAGUGACAUCUGCAAAAUCCUCAACAUUAGACGGUCGGAAGAACUCUCCUUGUUGAAGCCAUCAGAAGACACGCUCAAAAAGAAAAAGAAAAAAGACAAGAACACCAAAGAACCAGUUACAGAAGAUAUUUUGAACCUGUGCAACUCUCCAGUGAGUUCUGGGUUAUCAGGAAGUCCAGGUUUGUACAGUAAAACAAUGACACCCACUUAUGACCCCGUCAGUGGGACACCAGCUUCUUCUACCAUUACUUGGUUCAGCGACAGUCCCUUGACUGAGCAGAACUGCAGCAUCCUCGCCUUCAGUCACCCCAACUGCUCUCCAGAAACACUUGCAGAGAUGUACCAGCCUCGGACCUUAGCUGACAAAGCCAAGCUCAGCGCAGGCUGGUUAGACUCAUCCCGAUCGCUUAUGGAACAAGGCAUUCUGGAGGACGAUCAACUUCUCUUACGCUUUAAAUACUACACUUUCUUUGAUUUGAAUCCAAAAUACGAUGCAGUACGAAUAAACCAAAUCUAUGAACAAGCCCGCUGGGCCAUCCUGUUAGAAGAGAUUGAUUGUACAGAGGAAGAAAUGCUCAUCUUUGCUGCAUUACAGUACCACGUAAGCAAGUUAUCAUUAUCAUCAGAGGCACAAGACUUCGCCUGUGAAUCAGAAGUAGAUGAAGUAGAAGCUGCACUUUCUAAUCUGGAAGUGACACUGGAAGGUGGAAACACAAAUAACAUUUUGGAGGACAUCACAGACAUCCCAAAACUUGCUGAUAAUCUCAGGCUAGUUAGGCCCAGGAAGCUGUCACUCAAAGCUAUCAAGCCAUAUUGGUUUGUCUUUAAAGACACUUCCAUAUCUUAUUUUAAAAACAAGGAAUUUGCACAGGGAGAACCUAUUGAGAAACUAAACCUAAAAGGAUGUGAAGUUGUACCAGAUGUAAACGUUGCAGCGAAGAAGUUUGGAAUCAAAUUGCUAAUUCCUGUUGCUGAUGGCAUGAAUGAAGUGUACUUAAGAUGUGAUAACGAGAACCAGUACGCUCGGUGGAUGGCUGCUUGUGUUCUAGCCUCAAAAGGCAAGACAAUGGCUGAUAGCUCUUAUCAUCCUGAGGUCCACAAGAUCCUUUCGUUUCUAAAGAUGAAGAACUGGACCAUGUCUCCGCAGGCUGUCUCUGACCCAGAAAACACAGAUAUGAAACCAGAAUGCUUCGUCUCGCUACGUUAUACCAAAAAAUACAAGUCCAAGCAGUUGGUUGCUCGUAUUCUGGAAGCCCACCAAAACGUAUCCCAGAUGCCCCUAGUGGAGGCCAAGUUGCGUUUUAUCCAGGCAUGGCAGUCCCUCCCCGAGUUUGGCUUAUCCUACUACAUCGUAAGGUUUAAAGGAAGCAAAAAGGAUGAUGUGCUCGGGGUGUCCUAUAACAGGCUGAUACGAAUAGAUAUAGGCACGGGAGAUCCUAUCACAACAUGGAGGUUCUCCAACAUGAAGCAGUGGAAUGUGAACUGGGAAAUACGCCAGGUUGCAAUCGAGUUUGAUCAGAAUGUAUCUAUCGCGUUCACGUGCCUGAGCGCAGACUGCAAAAUCAUCCACGAGUACAUCGGGGGCUACAUCUUCCUGUCAACCCGCUCCAAAGACCAGAAUGAAACACUGGAUGAAGACCUGUUCCAUAAAUUAACUGGAGGUCAGGAAUGAGGUGAAGUAAACUCCUCCUUCUGCCUGCUUCUCCCCACAGCUAAAGAGCAGCAGAGGUGCACCAAAAAUCUGAUUGUUAACUGCUGUCUGAUAAAUAUUGUACAUGUCAAAAUCCAUCAUGUGAUAUGACUGGACUGAAGCUAAGGUCACAGGAUGCAGUACGGCAACUCCAUCAUCAACACUGGAGAAUUUUUUGUCCAAAGAAGUGGUAAAUGCCCCAUCUCUGGCAGUGUUCAAGGCCAGGUUGGACAGAGCCUUGGGCACCAUGGCCUAGUGUGAGGCGCCCCGGUCCAUGGCAGGGGGUUGGAACUGGAUGAUCUUAAGGUCCUUUCCAACCCAAACCAUUCUCUGAUUCUAAAAUUAAGUCAUAUUUGUUUUCUUUUGUACAGCUUGAAGUUUUUUAAUAAAGUGUCUUAGUUAUGGGCAUUUUUUAAUCUACUAUUUUUAAUUGCAGCAAUCUGUUUAAGCAACCAGAAAAGUAACUUGAGGAUAUUGUACAGUAAAUCUCUGUUAGAGCCAUGCAAUUCUGUUAAACUGACUAUUGGUUCAGGUCAGCAUUUAACAGGUUUAAAGCUGAAUAAAGGUAUAUUUAAAAGUUA